AUGGAGUCCGACGAGUCGCUCUACCCGAUCGCCAUUCUGAUCGACGAGCUCAAGUCCGACGACGUCUCGUUGCGGCUCAACGCCAUCCACCGCAUCAGCACCAUUGCCCUUGCGCUCGGCCCGCAGCGCGCGCGCGACGAGCUUGUGCCCUUCCUGCAGGACAGCCUCGACGAUGAGGACGAGGUGCUGCUCGCCCUCGCCGAGGAGCUCGGUCCUGCGUUUGCCGAGCACCUCGGCGGCCCGCCGUAUGCGCACCUGCUGCUCGGCCCGCUAGAGAAUCUGGCGGCGGUGGAGGAGACGGUGGUGCGCGAGAAGGCGUCCGAGUCGAUCACGAAGCUCGCCGCGCUGCUCUCGCCGGCACAGAUCGACGAGCACUACCUGCCCGUGCUGCGGCGUCUCUCCGGCGGCGACUGGUUCACGAGCCGCACGUCGGCGACGUCGCUCUUUGCCGCCGUGUACCCGCGCGUCGGCGGGCCCAGCGUGGCGGCCGUGCAGGAGGACCUGCGCAAGAUGUUCGCGGCACUCUGCAACGACGACACGCCAAUGGUGCGGCGCGCUGCCGCCAGAGAUCUCGGACCGUUCGCCAAGAACCUGUCCAAGGAGCAGGUCGUCUCCGACAUCAUCCCGCUCUACCGCAAGCUCUCCUCCGACGACCAGGACAGCGUGCGCCUGCUGACGGUGCAGGACCUGAUCGCGAUUGCCGAGGUGCUGGACAACGACGAGACGAAGAACUACCUGCUGCCCAGCAUCCGCGCCGCCGUGUCGGACAAGAGCUGGCGCGUGCGGUACAUGGUCGCCGACCACUUCGUCAAGCUGGCGACUGCGGUGGGCGAGGAUGUGGUGCGCGACGACCUGGUGCAGGCCUUCGUGCAGCUGCUCAAGGACAACGAGGCCGAGGUGCGCACGGCUGGUGCGGGCCAGGUGCCAGGCUUUGCCAAGCUGGUCGAGACGGAUGUGAUCCUGGCGCGCCUGCUGCCGUGCGUGCGUGAGCUGUCGACAGACACGAGCCAGCACGUGCGUGCGGCGCUUGCGACGCAGAUCUCCGGCCUGGCGCCGCUGCUGGGCAAGGAGGCGACGAUCGAGAGCCUGCUGCCGCUCUUCCUGCAGCUGCUCAAGGACGAGUUCCCGGACGUGCGCCUCAACAUCAUCUCGAAGCUGGAGCAGGUCAACGAGGUGAUCGGCAUCGACCUGCUCUCGCAGUCGCUGCUCCCUGCCAUCGUCGAGCUGGCCGAGGACAAGCAGUGGCGCGUGCGGCAAGCGAUCAUCGAGUACAUUCCCUUGCUGGCCAACCAGCUGGGCGUGAGCUUCUUCGACGAGCAGCUGGCGAACCUGUGCAUGUCGUGGCUCGGCGACACGGUGUUCAGCAUCCGCGAGGCGGCCACGGUCAAUCUCAAGAAGCUGACGGACGUGUUUGGCGUCGAGUGGGCGCGCCAGACGAUCAUUCCCAAGGUGCUGCAGAUGGGCGUGCACCCCAACUACCUCUACCGCAUGACGACCAUCUUCGCCAUCACGACCAUGGCGCCGUCGCUGAACGCGGCCGCCAUUACCGAGGCGGUGCUGGACACGGUGGUGCCCAUGGUCGACGACCCGAUCCCGAACAUCCGCUUCAACGUCGCCAAGGCGUUCGAGGUGCUCGCCAGUGUGCUGCAGCAGAGCGACGCCGGGCGCAGCGUCGUCGCGGCACGCAUUGUGCCCGGCCUCGAGAAGCUCAAGGAGGACUCGGACGCAGACGUGCGCUUCUUUGCCAUGAAGGCACUGCAGGCCAUCGAGGCGUCCAACAAUGGCGCCGCACCGACGGGACAGGGCAUGAACGCAUGA